CACAGUAAACCUUCGUAAAGCGUUUGUUCGGUCGGGCUCGCCUAGAAAAUUUGUUUCGGUCAAAUAAAUCAGAAAAUAAGUGGAAAAUAGUUAAUAAAAAUUAACAAAAAGUGCAACAAAUCGUAAAUAAUUUAACGCACAAUCGAUAAAAUAUGAAAUAUAAGCAAAAAGCUAAACAAAUUCAACAGAAUUUUAUGAAGAAAAACUCGGAAAAAAUUUUUAGUCUUCUUUUUUUUUUCUUAAUGCAUGUUUUCGCAGCGGGAUGCUUCUAAAGAGGAGAAAAUACAAGCUCAUUUAAAAACAAAUACGUAAGAAAGAGAUAGUUCUAUAUGAAAUCGACUGAAAUAGUGAAUGUGGUUAAAGGAAAAAAUGUAACGAUAAUAUAAGUUAAGUUGAAAAGUAAUGGAAAAAAUCAAUAGAAUUUAAUAAAACAUUAAAAAAAAGUUGUGUGAGUGUGUGAAAAAAAUUGAAAAGUAAAAAAAGUAUAUAGUGUGAAAGACAACAGUAGCAGCAGCAACAACAAUAUCAUCAAAUAUUAGCAACAACUACAGCAACAAAAGCACUAUAACAAUAACAACAGCAACAACAAAAGUAGCAGCAACAACAACGAGGACGAAGACGGAACAUCCAUCGAUUUUUUACCGUAUUUUCAAGUGGAGUUUUAUACGUGUGUAGCUUAGCGAAAAACUACACAAACAACAAAUAAGAAUAAUAACAAAAACAACAACAAAAACAUUGUCUACUUGAGAUUGUCUACUUCCUCACUUUCUACCGAACUACUGCACAUCCUAGCAGAGUUGAGUAGAGCACAGCUCUUCUCAUCAUCAUCCUCAUAAUCGUCAGUGUGCUGCACCCGACCCCCUUAUCUGUUAGCUGUUGUGUCCUUAGUUAGUUUCCUUUUGAAAUUUUUCAUCAUUCCCAUUCAUUCGUUUUGAUAUUUUUCAAAUAAACUGGGUCUAAGAUCUGUGGCCUAACAUGUUGGCCUGUUUCAAAAGCAACAAAUUACUUUAAAUCUUUCGCGUUUAAGCUCCCGCGAUGGACAGCAGUAGCAGCAUACAGGAUCAGAAACCACCUGGGUCCAAUCAUUUGCAACAAAGUAACAAUGUCUGCCUACCGCCGCAAAUGUCCACAAAUAACAAUGGUGGCCUUGGAUUGCCGGGCGGCGGAGGGGGAAACAAUUGUGGAAUUGGGGGCGUUGGAGGCGGAGGAGCAGGGUCUGGUAUGUUAGGACCAACCGGUAGUGGCGAUCAACUACAUUUACCACCUCCCUCGCCACAAUUGGGUCUAAAUUCUAUGCAUAACAGCAAUAAUGCUGGUAACCUUGGUGGAGGACUGGUGGGAGGUGGUGCCCUAACAACCCCCAACCAAUCCAACACAUUAGCUGGCUCUGUAGGAGGAAGUGGUGGUAUUGUCAGUCUAGUUAAUUCCCUUAGUAGUAAUCAGUCAAUGGCGGCUGGAAAUUUUUAUACGAACAGCAAUAAUACGACAAUGCAGUCUACGCUACAGCCACCUACAAUUGGUCCAAGUAAUAGCGAUUUUGACUCGGACACCGAACUGUCAAUCGUGGCAGCAGCUCAAGCUGCCGCUGCUGCAGCGGCAGCAGCAACAAAUGGCUACACUUCCAAUUUGAGCAACAUCAGUAAUAAUUCAAAUUCCAAUAAUCUCGCUUCGAAUAACAACUCGUCGGCUUCCUUAAAUGCGAAACAACAACGUCAACAGAAAAGGAGACGUGAACGGGCGCAACGUCUACAGGCUGAGCGUGAUAAUCGCAGUGCGACUAACACACCAAACAGUCUCAACAACAGCAGCAACAACACCACUACGAACAAUAACAACACAGCGCCGAAUAUCAAUAACCCAAAUCCAAAUAACAAUAACAAUUCCCAAAACCCACAGUAUAAUACCAAUAACAGUAACAAUAACAACAACAAUUUAACGACAGCAACAACAACCAUUACCGGCAAUCAUCUCUAUCAAGCCAGUAGUGCCAAUAGCAUGGGUGAAGAUAGCAACAAUUCAAGCGGCAUUUUUACUACAAGUUCCAGUAGUAGCAGCACAAACAAUAAUGCUCUACUACCACCUACCGACAGUAUUGCAUCAUUACUUUUAAAUCCACCCCACUCGCCCGACUGUCAUUCCGGUCUGAUGGCAAGUCCCAGCGAUAGUGAGGGUGAAUCAUUAGAUGAAGAUCUCCUAUCGACAUCGUCGUCCUCAACACUACUACUGCCGCGAGAUAAACCACCGCCACGUCCUCCACCACCGGUACGAAGGAAAUUGCCAAGGUCACCGGUGUUGGAGGAAGAAAUCAUUGAUGGUUUUGCUAUAUUGGAAUUUAAAACAUAUGAAGACUUAGAGUUUGCAAUAAAACUGGGGCAAAAGCGUAAAGAGAAACGUUUAUCUGCGCUGGAGGAGCUCACAUGUACAUACAGCAUUGAAGAAAUCAAAAUGCCAAAGAUCAUUGAUACUGGACAGCCACAUCCCAUACGGAACAUUGGUUCUGGUGGAGUCGGCGGUGGUAAUAUUGGUAAUAUGUCCAAUAUUGGGGUGGUUGCUGGACUUGGUUCACUGAAUUUGAAUCACAAUAAUAAUCAUCAUCACAAGGAUAAUAAUAGCAGUAGUAACCUCAAUGAUAACAACAAUGGCAGCAGUAUGCGUGUUACACCAAUUAAUGCCACCGCAAUGCUCAAUAACAACAACAACUCCAACAACAAUAACAAUAUCAACAGCAUCAGCAUUAAUAGUGUUAACAGCAGCAGCAAUAACAACAUCAACAGUAGUGGUAACAAUUUAAGUGUAAACACAGAUAUUAAUAUGACAUCUUUAACAGAUUCUUCGACGCUUACGCUGAAAUCAACGUCAGCGACGACAGCAUCAACUACAAACUUGAAUGCUGUAACGCCGAUGGACACCACAAUGUCUUCUGGACCCUGGAAAGAUACAACGAAUGUAGUUCCUGCAUUUACCAAUCAUAAUGGUAGUGGCAAUACGGUCAGAGGAAGCAUUAUUGGUGGUAUCAGCAUGGAGGCUAAAAUGAGUGGUGGAGUUGGAGUUGCUGGCUCUGGUCCCGGUGAAAAUGGUAAUGAUAGCAGCAGUAUUAUGAUCAUGGAUACAUGUGAUGGUACAGCACCAGCUUCAGCGCCGAUGCCAGCAGUGGUAUCAACAUUGGCGCCUUCUAUGGUGACAGCUUCAACGACGGCGUUAACAGCAAUAAGCACAGUCACAUCAACAACAACUGCUGCGGCCACGCCAACGCAGUCAUUGUCAGCAAUAACGAAUAUAAAAUCUUCAACGAAUUUACAAAAUUCGAGUAGAAAUUCCUUAGCAAUGGAUACUUCCAAAGCGCUUAAUGUAAGUAAUAACACAAAAGAGAAAAGCACAAAAUCUUCUUCCUCCACAACGUCGUCAUCAACGUCGUCCUCUUCGUUGACGUCCAUGGCGUUGACAACAAACUCUACUACAACAGCAGCAAACACAUUAACAACAACAAUACCAAUAACUGCAACAAGCACAACAUUAACACCAAAAAUACCACCUAUGGCGGCGGCGUUAACAGUAUCAUCCUCAACAUCCCACACAACAGCUACAACAACAACUGCUACCAACUCAUCAACAUUAUCCACAAGUGCUAUGGAUAAAUUACCACCAACAGCAGCAGUUGCAACAACACCACCACACACCCAACUACCAUCAUCCACAUACUCAACAGCAACAACAUCAACAACAAUAGCGACGACAUCUUCGUCAUCUGCAUCCUCACUAUCGUCGUCGUCUUCGUCAGCGACAAUUAAUAGUUCAACUCUGUUAACACAUGGCUCAAAUAAUAAUGAUGCUUACAAACACAAUAGCAUACAUCCUCAUCCUGGUUUAGGGCCACCUUCCUUUAAAACAAUGUCUUCAAUGGCAGGCAAUUGCAUACCAGGAGCUUUUAAUAAAUCAAACGCACAUUUAAUGGAUCAAAAAAUGCACAAUAAUAAUAGUAGUAGUAAUAAUAAUGAUUUCAUAACAAAUAUGUCAGCCUCAUCAGCAGUGCUACCACCACAACAACAAUUGCCUCCCACCACCGGAGCUCAGCCCACAGUGAUGGCUUUAAAUGUUACUAAUCAAAAAGAUUUACAUCAUCUACACCAUCCGUCUCAUCAUCCACAUCAGCAGCAUCAUAAUGCUAUGAAUAUGAGUGGUGGUAUGAUUGGUGUUCAUUCUAAAAUCCAUCAACAGCAGUUGCAACAGCAGCAUUUACAUCAUCAACAACAACAGCAUCAACAUCAUCUACAGCAGUUGCAACAACAGCAGCAUCAUCAACAUCUUCAGCAGCAGCAACAAUUGCAGCAGCAGCAGCAGCAUCAUUCUCAUCAUCACCACCACCAUCAGCAACAACUGCAACAUCAACAACAACAACAGCAGCAGCAACAACAUCAUCAUAAAGAGAUGCUUGCUGCAGGAGGCAACAACAGUAACAGUAAUAGUACUAGUAGUAAUGAUCACAAGGAUCGUUUAAGCGAUCCAAACAAUAGGAUUAAUAAUAUUGGAAAAGGAUUUAAUAUCUGUGAUAGCGGCAAUGAUGAAAAUAAGGGUUCUGAUAAGUUAGGAGCCAUAGUUUUUCCUUCUACGCCCACUCAACAAAUUUCAAAUACAACUCCAAGUCCAACAACUCCUCGAAAAUCAUCCGAUUAUCCCCAACAGGCGACUAGUACAGCAGCACCUUCAUCCGUGACAACGAGUUUAACGUCAAGUACCACAACACCUGCCUCCUCUAGUUCUGUUGCUGCUAGUAGCGCCAAUUUAGUGCAAAAAUCCGGUAAUAAUGAGCAAAAUUCAGCUCCGCCCUCACCAUUUCCCGGUCUACCGCCCACAAGUGUGGCUGGCGUUGCUCUCUCAACAUCCACUGCAUCAACGUCAUCGAUACCCCAGGGUGGCAGUACAACGACGGGACAUUCGCAUGCACCACAUUUGCAUCCACACGAUGGUCGACCACCGUCUGCAGGAGGUAGCGGUGUUGCAGGAAGCUUAUCGUCGAAUAAUAACAGUAAUAUGAUGAUGUCUUCGUUGCCACCACAUGCAAUGUUUGGACCAACACCGCCACCCGGACCACCAAAUAUUGGGGGCGAAAAACCGGCAUUAGGUCCUCCCCAUUCUUCUCAUAUACCGCCUGCAUUUUCUUCUGCCAAUCAGCUUCCUAAUGAUCCUCGCAAUGCUCUGACUUCUCCCUCGCCAUCUGGUCCUUUACCGUCGCCGCAUUCGCAACAACAUCCUCAUGCCUCUAGUGAUAGCCCAUUUGGGAACAAGCAUUUGGCAGGUUCUCCAUCUCCUGUAACUGGUAAUCUCAUGUCUCCUGCACCAAUACCACCAUCAUCUCAAUCGAAUGCGUCGCCUUUGCAAGGCAUGCAUCAAAAGUCUGGGCAUCCCUCUUCCCAAGGGACUGCAAACUCUCCAGCAAAUAUGCAGUUGCCACCCGGUGCUCAAAUGCCCCCCUCGUCGACUGGUACGAAUAUAAUGGCUGGUCCACCUGGAGGUUUUAGUGCCCCUGGAUCGAUAAAUAGCAGACUCGGUCCUCCACCUCCAACGCAUCCAUUCCCUCCCUCCUCCCUGCAGCAUUCCAGUGCAAAUACGCAGCAACAGCAUUCACUGAUGUCGAUGAAGCAAAAUGAGGCCGAAAAUCGAGAGAAAGGUUCCCAUGGCAUUGGUCAUGGCGGUCCUGCAGCGCCCCCUCCCAUGAUGAAUGGUUAUCUGCCGCAAUUUGCCAGUAGUGGUGCUGGGCAGCAUCCGCAAAACAGUGGUGCCUCCAGGAUCUCACCGCAUCCAAAUGCAAUGUCAUCCACAGCUACACCACCUGGACCGCAAGGUUUGCCGCCUCCCCAUCACCAGCAGCAGCAGCAGCAACUACAACAGCAACAGUCUUCGUUGGCAGCAAGUAGUAAACCAUCGUCAUUACCUACAACAUCAUCUGCCUCCUUUCAUGCUUCGUCGUUGGCUUCUUCGAUGCCAUCAUCACAUCCACCUUCAACAGCUGCUCCCCACUCCACUGUCACAUCCAUGGCAAAGUUCUCAACCAUCUCAAGCAGUAGUAGUGGCAUGCCCCCCAUGCAAACUGCGCCAGGAAUUUUUCCCGGAGGUCUACCGCCUGGCUUACCACCUGGUGUUGCACCACCUGGAAUGAUGCCGGGUGGCAUGCCGCCAAAUGGUAUUUCACCAAUGCUUUUGCAUUCGUCGCCAUAUCGCCCGCCCUAUCCGAAUUAUCCACUUUAUGCUCCCUACAGUGGUUUGCCACACAGUCCAUAUUUGCCGCCUGCAGUGCCAUCGCCAAGUGCCUCGCCACGUACAAGUCGAGAAUCUCCCAUGAUGCAGCAAAUGUCGAAACCUCCAAGUCUGCGGCCACCAACGCCAGUAAGUCAACCCUCAAGUUCGGGUCACACUCCAGGACCGGUGAGUAACAGUGGCAGUGGAUCGAGUACGCCUACUAGUUCCACACCCACAACAGUGCCAACCCCAACUUCGGUAGCCUCAUCAUCAGCAAAUCUAAGUCAGCAUGGACUGCCGCCAACAUCUUCAAUGGCUCCCCAUAUUUUGCACCACCCACAUCUUCCUUAUCCUCAGUCGUUGCAGUUGCAGCCGCAGAUUUUAGGUGGUCCCUUGCCACCAUCGCACCACCAAUCGGUUGGUGCAGGUUUAAUACCACAUCCAUCGGUGUCGCACUCUGCCCACAGUAUAGCCAAUGUAACAACAACCACAUCGGCGUCGACACCCCUCAGCGCUACGUUAAGCAGUGGAGCAAGCGGUCUGCCGCCCUCAUCGCCUUUGACCAGGGAUGGUACGCAAUUGUUGGCACCACCUCAUCCUCAUUUGUUGGGACAUCCACAUUUGGCGCCUCCUCAUAUGCCACCAUUGCCCCCUCACAUGCUGCCACCUCAUCCAGCUCUGCUGCGAGGAGCCUCGCCCACAACAUCCAUUAACAGCGGCAGCAGCAGUAGUCAACCACCACCAUCCAGUAUAGGAACGACUACACCAACAUCUUCGUCAUCUACAUCUGUGAUUCACAAAGGAAUUUCACCACAAACUGAAAGUCCGCCAAAGGAGCGUAAUGAGGGCAAUGUUACUUAUUUACCGCGCUCCUCAACUGCCAAUACUCAUUUAGGUGGCGGGCUCUCCUUAGCAUCAUCCGCACCACCACCAUCGUCGUCGUCAUCGCCAUACGUAACAACGAGUGGAGCUCCGCCGCUGCCCAUACCACAUUCUGCUGCUUCGUUGGCAAUUUCAUCAAAUGCCUCCUAUAGUUCCACGGUUUCGUUGCCUACAACCACACACGCCUCAGGUGUUAUGCCGAUGAUGACAACGCAAUUGCAUCAACCACCGCCGGGUAGUUUACAAUACGGGCCAGGACCUAAAGGACCCUCAAUGUGGCCACCAAGCUCAUCGUCGUUGUCGAUUCCACCACCUACGUCGGUGGCUACAACUCAUUCCUCCUCUUCUAUGGCUACACGACCAACACCGCCUCCUCCCACAAGCUCUGCAGGAGGAUUGCCACCGCCUAUUUCGGUUUCACCGCAUACACCAACACUUCAUUCCUCUUCUGGUAUUCCACCACCCGGACUACCACCUGGCUCCACAGGAUUUCAUCCACAAUAUUUUGUGCCUCCCAUGCCACCUCAUCCUGCGGUAUCUUCAUCAAUGUCGGUGCCAGUUAGUUCUAUUAUUAGUUCUCACUCUUCCACUCCAACGUCUGUUCCGUCUCCUGCAGUAUCAAGUACCGCAAAUAGCGCUCCAGUAACUACAACAACACAAAGUUCGGCGCCACACCCCUUUUCGGCUGAAUCUCUCUUCCAACCAAGCAAAAAUGAUCAAGCGGAUUUAUUACGACGAGAGCUAGAUAACCGGUUUCUAGACCGUAGUGGCUUGGCGGUGCCUCCUCCUACACAACCAAAUACACAUCAGCAGCAGCCACCAACCUCAACAUCCGCUCCGCCACCAGGCGCCCCAAUAGCUUCGCCUUCAGCCUCAACAUCAGCGCCACCCGUUUCUACAGCUAGCGGAACAGGUCCCCCAUCAGGUCCAUCACCACAUGCUCCAAGUGCUGCUGUUCCUUCUCCCUACUUAAGGCAAGAAUUGCAUCAUCAUCAACAUCAGCACACUCAUUUGCAUCAGCAUCAACAACUUUUGCCAACAGCCUUGGCGGCAGCACCUCCUCCAGCCCCGGCACCCCUCUUUCCCCCACCACUAUUCAAAGACAUUCCCAAGAUUGCCGCCGUUGAAUCACCUUUUUAUCGUACGGGAAUUGGUUUGCCCGGCUAUACGGGUUAUACGCCAGCUGGUCUCUUGCAUCCUGGCUUGGGUGGCGCUACUCCGUUUAUGCCUCCCAGCCAUUUAACUUCAUUUGCGCCAAAGACGAUACAACCAUCGCCCUCCACAAAUCCUCAACAACAACCUCAACCGCCUUUACCAACUAAUAUUGUAGAUUCCUCUUCCAAAUCCAUUAAGUUUACGAAAACUGGACGAUGGAAUGCAAUGCAUGUUCGUAUUGCGUGGGAAAUUUACUAUCAUCAAAACAAACAAAAUCCCGAUAAAUUGGCAGCGGCUGCAGCUAGUGGUUCGGCGAGUAGUGGUGGUACAACGCCAGGUGCACCGCCCAGCAGUAGUAGUAGCAGUGUUACACCAACAGCUACUGUAUCUCAAACCAGUACAGCUUCUUCAAAUCUAGGAGCAGGUCCUUCUCCCUCAGCUGUAUCGGCAAUGAGUAUGAAAGCUUCUCCGGCAUUAUCGUUAAGUGCAGCAGCAUCGCCACAUCUAUUGCAUCGACCAGGUGAAUUGCCACCAGGAACCGCUUAUGCCACAGCACUACCUGGGCGUUCACCAUUUGAAACUUCCCCGUUAUCGGCCAGUUUCAUUGGUGCACCACCUAGUCAUAUAGGUACUGCAGUUUCUCCGUUUGGCCGCUAUGUGGGUCCUUUUGGUUUUGGUUUAUCACCAUUUGGUAGAGAAAUACCCCUAGGCGGUGCUUUACAUGAUCCCUGGAGAACAGCUGCUUUACAACGCACAGUGCCUUAUCAUCCGGCAGGAGCACCACCGGGAUGGCCAAUGAAACCAGACACAACGGCCUUGGAUAAUGCGCGCCGAGAGGCCGAAGAACGUGAACGAGAACGAGAAAUGCGCGAAAGAGAACAGAGAGAGCGAGAUAGACAAAGGCAACGCGAACGCGAAGAGCGAGAACGUAAGGAGAAAGAAGAAAAAUUGAAGCGUGAACAACAGGAACGAGAAAUGCGCGAAAGAGAACGUGAGCGCGAACGCAAAGAAAGGGAAAGAAGAGAAAUGGAGCGUCGCGAAAUGGAAAGAGAAAGAAUGUUGCAACAACAGCGUAUUAACGAGAGCAAUAAAUUGUCACAAGCGGCGGCAGCAGCUGCUGCUAUGAAUUCGGCUCGAGAGCGAUCUCCCCAUCGCAGUGUAACAGAUAUGCAGGGAGGCCCAGGUGGUCCAGGCGGAGAGAUGCGAAUUAAAGAAGAAAUGCCACGAACAAAAGAAGAGCAAGAUGCCAUGAUGAUGAGAGCUUCGGCAGCAGCAGCUGCUGCUGAUCCUCGCUAUCAACAUCAGCUAGCUCAGGCCCAAGCCAAUGCAGCGGCUGCAGCUCAUCAUGCUUCGUUUAUGGCCAGUCGUCACGGUCCUCAUGGGGUACCUCCUCCCCCACACUUGGCUCGACAAAUGAUGCCUCCCAGUCUGGGAGGUCCGCCACUAUCACACUUUGGUCCAGCCGGGCCACCAGGCUGGCCUAUGGAUCCAUAUCGUGAUCCUUACGGAAUGAGUGCUCUGCGUUACAAUCCUCUAAUGGAGGUGGCGUUGCGACACGAGGAAGAACGACAUAAAGCCGCAAUGAGUAUGUAUGCAGUGCAGUCAGCCGCUCAUUUAAGAGGCAAAGAACCAUCACCCAUACCGCCACCAUCAGGAGUAGUCGGACCAUUAGGACCGCCACCACCUCCACAUCAUCGUAUGCAACCUGUACCAAUGGGACAACCGCAACAGGGACCACCACCUACGUUAGGAGGUAAGCCACCCACUAUGGGUGGCAUGCCACACCCCAUGGUUGUAGAUCCAAUGUUGGCGCCUAAAAAAGAAGAACCGGGUGGCCCACCCCCGGGUGUAAUGACUAUGGCACCCCCACAACCCGCACCCCAAAGUGCCCAACCCGGCCGAUGAUAAACUAAAGAGCUUUCAAGGUUUAACUUCAUUUAAUAACAAUUUUCCAAAUUAAAUGAUAAACACUAAAGUUAGAGAUAUCAAAAGAAAAAAUAAAAAAAAAAACUGAAAUAUAUUAUAAAUAAAUCGGAAAAGAGACCAAGUAAUCUUUAAAAGAAACAUAUUGUAUUAUAAAAUAACAAAAACAAAAACACAAUUAUUCCCUUACUUCCCUUACUAAAAUAAAAAAACAACAACUGUGUAUAAUUUUAUUUUUUCAACAACUUUUUUAAUUAUUUAACUAAAAAAAUAUUUUUUUAGAAUGAAAAAUGAGAAAAAAAUGUAAAAAUCGUAAAAUAUUAUAAAAAUUAUCAUAAAAAAAACAAUUUUCCUCCCCCACUCCCUGCUUCAUUCUCUUCCUCUCUUAUCUACCUAACCCUCUCCAAAAACAUCCUUUUGUAAAAAAAGAACUUUUAAAUUCCAAAUUGAAAAAUUGAUUUACAAAAUAAAAUUAAAAGCAAAAACAAAACAAAAAAUCUAACAAAGUAUAUAAAACUUGUAUGCAAUAUUAUAUACUACAACUAGUAACAAAAAGAAAAGUAAAUAAAUAAAAAAAUAAUAAUAAGAAACUACCAAUUAUUGGUCUGGUAUAAUAAUAAUAAAUACAAAAAUAUAUUAAAUAUAAAAAUAUUUUAUUAUGUUUUCUUUUUUAUUAUUAAUAAUAUUAUUUUUUAGUAAAUAGGACGCUUCAUACUUAGAGCAUUUGUAUUAUUUGUAUAGUUUUUUCUAUUAUUAAUAUUAUUUAUAAUUAUUGUACUAAAUGUUGUUCUUAUAAAAUGAUUAUGAUUUUUUUCUUAUAAAUAUAAAUAAAAACAAACAAAAAAAUCAAAUGAUGUUAACAAAUUUGCUAAAAAAAAAAAAGAAAAGAAAAUUUAUACUGUUAUAUAAUAUACAUAG